ACCCUGUGGUGGGCCAGUAAACUCGGGCAGGUCGGCGGCUUCCUCUCCACCCAGUCCUGGCAAUUCUGGGAAUGUGUUGCUAUCUGCGCAAAGCUGCGCCUCACUGUCAUUGGACGAAGUGCACGGAGGAUUUUUUUUUUUAGUUGAGCGCUUCUCUUCCGUUAACGCGCCAUUCGUGCGGCGUCUGCAAAGCGCGCAACGGCGUCAAACUCUGCAACCCGCCCGCUAUGUCGGACAAACGCGAUGCAUACCUUAGGGUUAAAAUGGAAGAAGAUGUGGAACCUGUGAUAUUUAAUGGAGCCGAAAUGGUUGACGUUCAGAAUGAUUCUUCACCUCCAGCUACUGAAGAUCAGUCGCAAGUGAAUAAUCAGAACAGAUAUCUAGCUGCUGUUGUUUAUGUACAGCAAUCAGGAGCAGAAGGUGAACCAGAUGAGCCCGGCAUGAAUACCAAUGAGUCAGCAGGAAACCUGCCGCAGGCUCAUCUACCAAAGAGGGAGGAUAAUUUAACUGACAUGAAAUCGUAUGAGACUACACCCACUGGAGAAUACAGCUACGUUUAUAGGCCAAAAAGAAGGAAAAUCACAGUCCGUAAUGCACCUCAGAUGAGAAUGGGAGAUGCUGGUGAUUAUAGUGACUAUGAAGAAAAUGGUGACUUUGUUUUUGACUAUAGUGCUGACUAUGAAUGCGCAAGUGAUGUGUCAGACGGUUCUUAUGUUACAGAUCAGCCGAGGACUUUAGUGGAGAUUCUAAAUUACUGUCAGGUAAUGUAUGCUGCCAUCCAGAGACUAGACAAGAAAUUCGAUGUUCUGCAUCGUCGAGUCACAGAGAUGAACCAAGGAAGAACAAAACCUAUGUUUUUCAAGCCGAAACUUAUGGCAAUGCCAUAUGGAAAAACGCAUCAGAUGCCACUUACCAAAAUGCAAAUACACAAACCAGUGGAAAGAGAACUGAGGAUCCGGGUGCCUCCACCUGAUCGAGGGCUUUGUUCUUCCCCAUUCAGGAUACGAGUAGAGAAAGAACCAUUGAAUGUUUCAGUUCCAAGCCAAGCUGUCCGAUCGUUAACCAAUCCACAGACCAUGUUCAGCUGCACACGAGGAACAAGCCCACCUCUGCCAACUAUUCAAUCUGUCCAAUCUUUACAAGAUCCAGCAAUGCAGGAUUCAGGCACGGCUAUCGAGAUUUCUGACUUUGUCCCUGGGAAAGCGAUUGUUGAGCAAGACACAAGGGUGCCAAAGCCAUUAGACAACAUUGACGCAGUGAUACCCACAAGUGGGCUGUAUCAAGAUGGAUGCAGUUCCAGAGAUAGAGAAACAUUUGUUAAUACAAAUAUCACAAAUGGAACUAAGCAGCAAAACAACUUUUCUGAACAUUUGUCCUCUGUUCCUUCAUCAAGUGCAACUAAUGUCGAUUCCGCUGUUGAAAUUGCAGACUAUCUAGGUGACCCAGAACUGAAUAUAAAGGUGCCUGCAGCCUUUUUGAUCAAGGCACGCGAAAAAAACAAGCCCAAGUAUGCAGCACGCUACCUCGUUCAAAUGCUGUUCCCUAGAGAUGUGCUGAUGUGUAGUAGUAUGGAAGGUGACAAAGCUCGAGGAAUCAAACCCCUAGACCCCAAUUGGGUCACUGGUUUACGAGAAUUCCUUUGUACAUAUUUCCCCAAAUUCGAUAUGAAUGAGGAUGGCAAAGACUGGAAGACUUGCAUCAUCAGUGUGGAUUCCAUGAUAUGCAGCCUGCGUUGUGAAAUCCAAAGAGGAGCAGAUAUCACAGAUGAUAAUGAUAAAACUUUGGGACAUGAAGAAGCACAAGUGUAUGUAAAUCUGGAUUCCGAUGGAGAAGAUGAGCAGGUCCGUCCAGAAAAACCUGAAGAAACCAAAAUUACUUCAGAACCACAGCAACAGGCAUUGCAGCAGCAAGACGUCACGACUGUACCGAAGGAUGAUAAGCAGAAAGCUUUUGAACCAAAAGAAACUCUUGGAAAUCCAGCUCGACAAGUCCAAGUCCCAUACUCUACGAUAUACGUUGCAAAGCAAAGAAUAAGACCAGAGCUGGCAGCCCGAUAUCUAGUUCGACAUCUGUUUCCUGAGGAUGUGCUGGUCAGAAGCAAUGUAUAUGGAAAUUUAGAUUGGGGCAUUACUCCUUUAGACAGCAACAAAAUCGGUGCUAUUCGAGAAUUUCUUGAAGAAGCCUAUCCAGUGUUUGACUUGUGUGAGAAAGGACGUGACUGGAAAGCAUGUGUGGCUGCUAUAAAUAGUUCCAUACGCAGCAUAAGGCAUGAGCGGAAGUCCCGGCCGGGCUAUUACAAGCAACCGCAUCCUCAGUGUUUGUAUUAUAAGAAACUGUCAGAGAAACAGAACUACAAAAGCAGUACUUCUCGCAGCACUGAUCCCCAGGAAACAUUCAGUGGAGACACAAACAUCCUCUGAUCAUCUGAAGAAUGAUGGAUACUGAGAAUGAAAAAUGAAGUAUACGUUUGAGGGGAAAAAAAACAAUUGUUUGAAAGAAUGAAAUCCUUGAUGGCAUACCUAUUUUUAAAAAUUAUUUCUGUUUUUUUAAAAGCCUCUGAAUUUGGCUGAGAGCUCCCCCAAUACGUAAAGUUGUGCUUUAAUGCUAUCAUUUUAUUUUUAUGUGAUUGUCAAAGUUUGCAUUCAUGCAAUAGUCUAAAGGAUGAAUUGCAGAAUAGCAAAAAAUGGGGGUGGGGGGAGGGGGGGGAAUUAAUGUAGCAGAGCCGGUAGUAAAAGCACUCGCACAAACUGAACAAUAAAAUGGAAUGAAAUGUUUGAGAUAACCGUACUGUGAAUUGUUGCUGCAAUUUAGUUACAGGGAGAGACUAUUUUUAAAGUUAUUUUUCUGAUACUCAAUUUGUGAUGCUGGUAUGAAGAUUUUUGCUUUUAGUUGUAUGUUUAUGAUUUUUAAGUUCAUGGUGCUCCUCAGCAAAAAUGUUCUUUCUUCCCUCACCAUGGAAUAUUCCAUUAUUGUAAAGAUGAUCUUAACUACUCAAGCGAGAACUGA